GAGCAAGGCUGCCUUCCGCCCUCUUUCCUUCCAGCGCGCCUAUUGACAUAUCCAUGUCGUCGCCCUUGAACGAAAAAUCCGACCCCGUAACGGAGCACUCGGCUCACCACCACGCACCAAAUAUGGAUGCGGAAACCAGGGCUAUAGCUAACGCCGAUGCCAAGUUAUCCAACCCCCUACAUGGUAUACCUUAUGAUCGUCUUAUGGCGGAGGUCGAAAUUUUUGCCCAGGAGAGAGGGUUGACUCAUUUGCUGCCUGAGCUCAAGAAAGGGGCGCUUGUUGCACAGGAUCCCACUUGUCACACUCGUCUAGACAUGUUUACAGAUGAAGAUCAACGUAUUCUGACGGAAGAAGUUACGAACAAAUGGAAGCAAACGCCCAUGUUGUAUUACAUGGUCGUGAUGUCCUCACUUGCAGCUGCAGUUCAGGGGAUGGAUGAGGCUGUGAUCAAUGGGGCCCAAAUUCUUUAUCCCAAGCAGUUUGGCAUAGGUGAUACUAAUAGCCGUCGUGAUUCAUGGUUGAUUGGACUCGUCAAUUCUGCACCCUACCUAUGCUGUGCCACCAUUUCUUGUUGGAUGACGCACCCGCUCAACCACUAUCUUGGGCGCAAAAAGACCAUUUUCGUCACUUGCUUGAUCUCCUUCCUGACAUGUAUCUGGUCUGGACUCACAAAUUCCUGGUGGCACCUUUUCAUCGCACGGUUCUUCCUUGGUUUCGGUAUCGGUCCUAAAUCUGCCACUGUCCCAGUUUAUGCCGCAGAGUGUUCCCCUGCUCCCAUACGUGGUGCUCUCGUCAUGAUGUGGCAGAUGUGGACCGCUUUCGGCAUUGCUUUAGGAGACCUUAUCGACUUGGCAUUCUACUUCAUUCCGGACAGCGGAGGUGUGACUGGUUUGAACUGGCGUCUCAUGUUAGGUUCUGCCGGCAUCCCCGGUCUUCUCGUCUGUAUGCAAGUCCUAUUUGCACCCGAGUCUCCUCGUUGGUUGAUCUCCAAGGGUCGUUACGAGGAUGCUUUCAAUGAGCUUUGUCGGCUUCGUUUCUCGCGCGUUCAGGCUGCCCGCGAUUUGUACUACAUUCACGUUUUGCUCGAGGCUGAGAACGAGAUGAGGAAGGGCCGCAACCGUGUCGUUGAGAUGUUCACGAUUCCGCGCAACAGGCAUGCUGCUCUUGCUAGUUGGGUUGUCAUGUUUGGUCAGCAGUUUUGCGGUGUCAACGUCAUUGCUUACUACUCAUCCAACAUUUUCGUGUCUUCUGGCUUCACACAGGUUGCGGCACUGGCUUCCUCCCUCGGAUUCGGUGCACUUAACUGGUUGUUCGCGCUGCCUGCUGUUUUCACCAUCGACACUUACGGGCGGAGGAACUUGCUUUUGUUCACAUUCCCCUGCAUGGCUAUCUGUCUUCUGAUCACGGGCUUCUCCUUCUGGAGCACUACGGAAACAGGUCGUGUGACUGGCGUUAGUAUUGGAAUAUACCUCUUCGCAAUCUUCUACUCUCCAGGCGAAGGCCCAGUGCCGUUCACUUACUCUGCAGAGGCAUUCCCUCUAUACAUCCGUGACAUCGGCAUGUCCUUCGCCACCGCGACCACCUGGUUCUGGAACUUCGUUCUAUCGAUCACUUGGCCUUCGCUGGUUUUGGCUUUCAAGCCACAAGGUGCCUUCGGAUGGUACGCAGCAUGGUGCUGUAUUCUCUGGGUGCUCAUUUUACUCUUCGUGCGCGAGACGAAGGGUAGGACUCUGGAGGAGCUCGAUCAAAUCUUCGCUGUCCCACUCAGCACGCACGCUGCAUAUGGCCUGCGGCAGAUACCCUACGGCUUCAAGAAGUUUGUGUUAUUCCAGAACCCCACCCCUGAGCAACUUUACCAAUUUGAGAGCGAGAGCGAGGUGUCGAGCACCGAUGGUGAUGAGAAGGCGAGGAGGGAGGUGAAAGAGGACGUAGAGAGAACGAAUGUAUGAGUUAUGUUGUGCUGUGUUGUUUUGAUGGUUUGUUUUAUCUUGACAUCUGCGAAGGAUAUAUCUGUGGAUGUAGAUGUACUCACAUGCUAGCUAUCUAUUGACGUCCGAAGCCGAUUUGACUGGCAGAUGCUAUCGUAUUGCUGUCUGUUAUUUUAAUACACACCUUUCAAGCUCA